AUGGAAGGCACAAUUGUGAAUCUACCGGAAUUCAUACGGAUAAAGAAGAAGUACAAAGCUUACCUUUUCCUGGAUGAAGCACAUAGCGUUGGCGCUCUUGGGCCCACUGGCAAGGGAGUAGUGGAAUAUUGGGGCUGCAAUCCUAAAGAUGUGGAUAUUUUGAUGGGAACUUUAACAAAGAGUUUUGCUGCAGCAGGCGGAUACAUAGGAGGAACGAAGGCUUUGAUUGAACAUGUACGGUGCGAUUCGGCUGGACCGUGCUAUGGAGCUGCGAUGUCGCCCCCGAUAGCCGCACAAGUGAUAAGUAGUAUGAAAAUCAUGCUUGGCGAAGAUGGUACUGAUAUUGGAGCUCGUAAAGCAGUACAACUGUUAAGAAAUUCUCGCUACUUCCGAAGACGUCUGAAGCAAAUGGGCUUCCUUAUUUAUGGUCAUGAAGAUAGCCCAGUCGUGCCAUUAAUGACAUUCCACAUCACCAAAGUUGUCGAAUUUUCGCGGGAAACGUUGAAGUACGAUAUUGGACUUGUUGCCGUGGGGUUUCCGGCCACUCCCAUAACUAAAGCGCGGGUGCGAUUUUGUUUGAGCGCCGAUCAUAACAAAGAGCAGCUAGAUUACGUAAGUUUAUGCUUUUUGGAGAUUUAUGGUGUUUAG